CACCAAAGAAUACAAACAAAACGUCUGUUCUUCUUUAAGUGACCGUGGAAAUUUGCAACAAUCAUUUGAUUAAAUUCAUCAGCAUGUGUGCUGCUGUUGAAUGUUCCCUCUCUGCAUUAUUCUCCCUGCCUCUCUACUCUGAGUCUGUCAUUAAUUACAGAAGCACAAUAAAUCAUCUUCCUCGUGGAAACGUCCGACUGAGUCUCGCUCCGCUUCACUCUCCAUGCCACUGAAUCUAAGCUACAUUUAGCUUUCCUAUUUUUAGAGCAUCGCCCUCGAUAAAAACUCACGCACACAGAGAUGAAGCUCAUAAUAUAUGAUUAAAAUAUUAUUUGUUACAGUUGAGUUUAUUCUAUUUUGAAUGAAGCUCACAGGAAAGCUCAGCGAAUGAGCUUUUACCAAACAUACCGACAUGAACUAAUUUAUUCCGUGAUGUUAUAUAAAUUGUGUGCUUCGGCUGCAACAAUCUGUGUAAUUAAUAUUCAGGAAAACAUUUCAGUGAAGGUAGUAUUUUCCUGUGCACUGCUGAGGUGAAUAAACUAGUAGGUGUAAAAGCUAUUAUCCAUUAUAAAGGUAGAAAAUACUUUUUUAGACAGUUCAGAUGUGGGAAAGAGCCUGCAGACAGAUAUCACUAAUAUCAAAUACAGCUGUUUGGACGACUACAGAAGUUGCAAUCAUUACCCAAACAUGGUGUUGAAUCUUGGGGUUGUAGUCUGGAUUUUAAAAACACUGACGUCAAUUUUUUCUAAAAAUAUUAUCACUUUAAAUCAGGGUCUAAAUGUUUAAAACCCUUUUUUUUGCCUAAAAAAACUCACAUUUUAAAUGUAUUUUUUCCUUGAUAAAUGUCUUAAACAGCGGAUUUAGGCUUGCAACUAAUUUAUUUAUUUAGUAUCAUGUUUCUUUAUUUGUUUUCAAUUAAUUGAUCAAUUGUUUAUUCUAAAAAAGGCCAGAAAAUAAUAGAAAAUGUCAGUCAUCAUUUCCCAGAUCUCAGAGUUAUGUCUUAAUAUUGCUUAUUUUUUAAAAUAAGUAUUAUUGAAUGAAACCAUUUCUUAAAAAAAUUGUCCUGAAAUCAGUUCAUAGCAGAUUUUUCCAAAUGUACCACGUCAUAUUUGAUGUGAAGCAAAGCUGCUGUACCAGCUGCAUGUCUGCAUCCAUCAGAUGCAUGCUGGGAAGAGUCUCUCUAUUAUUUCUCUUUGCCCUGGCCAUUCAUCCAUUCACCCAUCCAUCUGUCCACCUAUUUGCAUCUACAUUCUCUCCCCUCCUCUCCUCCCAAGAUCUCUCCCUCUCCCUCCCUCUCAUCCUCUCGUUGGAGCUGCUGAAUUAUUUAUCGUCAGACGGUGCGGCUCGGGCGGCUGAGCCAGAAGGAGGUGGAGAGCUAUAGAGCGAGGGAGAGAUGGGGAGAGAAAGGGAGAUAAAGGGAAGUAUGGAGGUGUCCGACGCUGCAGGGAGCCGUGAGUCAGCAGGGAGAGAAAGACCCAGUGGGAGGAAGGACGGAGGGAGUUUAUAGAUAGCUUUAGGUGAUACGACUGGAGAGAGAGGCGUCAAAUGCCCCCCGGUGUGUUCGUGAACGUGUGUGUGCAUGCGCCUAUCGAUUGAGCAGAGAAGGUCAUGGAGCCGAGAGGAGAUUAGCAAACUAGAGUCGCAGCUAACGCCGCCUCUGAAUAGCAGCUAGACAGAGAAAGGAGAGAGAGAGAGAGAGAGAGAGAGGGACAAGCAGAGGACGAGAGGAGCUGCGUACAGUAUGGGGGAGAGCUAUGUGUACCAGCGACUCCCCUACGCCAGAGGAGAGGAGGAGGGGGAGGAUGAGGACGAAGAGGAGAGAGACGGGAGGAUCAGAGAGAGUGUCGGGGCACAAAUGAUGCAGUGUGAGGAGGGGACAGAGUGGCUGCUGGAGUUGCUGACAGAUGUGCAGCUGCAGCAGUACUUCCUGCGGAUCCGUGACGAGCUCAACGUCACGCGGCUCUCCCACUUCGACUACGUCAAGAAUGAAGACCUGGAGAAGAUCGGCAUGGGACGCCCGGGUCAGAGGAGGCUUUGGGAGGCAGUCAAGAGGAGAAGAGCCCUUUAUAAACGCAAGUCCUGGAUGAGCAAGGUGUUUCCGGUUAAACGGCCCGACGCCGACCCCCAGCAGCCCCUCCCUCAGGGGGCGUCGUCCGGCGUGGCACCAGCCAACAGCGAGCCGGGGGCCUCGCUCACCUGCCUGAUCAGAGAGUCGGAGCUGCAGCUGUUAGAGCGGCUGGGUGACGGCACGUUCGGGGUGGUGCGGAGGGGAGAGUGGACCGGACCCAACGGCAGAGUGUUGUCCGUGGCGGUGAAGUGUCUGAAGGCCGGGGUGUUGGACUCGGACGGUCUGGACGACUUCAUCAGGGAGGUGAACGCCAUGCACUCACUGAGCCACCAGAACCUCAUCCGGCUGUACGGCAUCGUCCUCACACAGCCCAUGAAGAUGGUGGCUGAGCUGGCCCCGCUGGGUUCCCUGUUGGAUCGUCUGAGAAAGCGUCAGGGUCACAUCCUCAUCUCCUCUCUGUGUAACUACGCUGUGCAGGUGGCGUGCGGCAUGGCCUACCUGGAGCAGAGACGUUUCCUCCACAGGGACCUGGCCGCCCGUAACGUUCUGCUGUCCACCAAUGAAACGGUGAAGAUCGGAGACUUUGGCCUGAUGAGAGCACUGCCAACACACACCGACCACUACAUCAUGGAGGAGGGCCACAAAAUCCCUUUCCCAUGGUGCGCCCCGGAGUCUCUGAAGUCUCGUACUUUCUCUCAUUCGUCCGAUACCUGGAUGUUCGGGGUCACACUGUGGGAGAUGUUCACCCACGGACAGGAGCCGUGGCUGGGCCUUAAUGGGAGCCAGAUUCUCCACAAGGUGGACGUGGACGCCGAGCGGCUGUGUAAACCAGACGACUGUCCACAGGAUAUUUACAACGUCACGCUGCAGUGCUGGAGCCCCAAACCUGAGGACAGACCGACUUUCAUCGCCCUCAGAGACUUCCUGCUCGAGACCAUGCCGACGGAUAUGAAAGCGCUGCAGGACUUUGAGGAGGAAGACAAGCUCCAGAUUAAAAUGAACGACAUCAUCACCAUCAUAGAGGGAAGGGCGGAGCACUACUGGUGGCGAGGUCAGAACAAGGGGACGCUGCGUGUCGGUCAGUUCCCUCGUCACGUGGUGACGUCGGUCGCCGGUCUGUCAGCCCACGACAUCAGCCGACCGCUCAAACACUCCUUCAUCCACACCGGACACGGAGACACGGACCCUCACAGGAGCUGGGGACAUGCAGAUCGCAUAGACAGUCUGUAUUUGGGGAACCCCAUGGACCCUCCUGACGUCCUCGGGGUGGACCCGAGCACCGCCAGGCCCACCAAACUCCCCAACCGCUCCAAGAAGCAACCUCCUCCUCGUCCGCCUCAACCUGCCGUCCAGCUGAAGAAGCCAUUCUACGACUCCGUGAUGGACGACUACGACGACGACGCCGACGACAGCAGCUCCUCGGGGCUGAAGAGGCUGGGAGUGUCACUGGGGCUGAAGCUGCGACCCUGGGAGGGGUCCGGCGUACGCUCGGCCAAGAGCGAGGUGUCGCUCAUCGACUUCACCGAUGACAGCUUCAGCUCGACCACGCCCUCGCCGCUCACUGAGACGCGGCAGCCGGAUGAGGACACGCUGAAGGACACUCCGUCCAUCUUGGACUGGCCUCUCCCUCAGCCAUCUUACGACGUGGUCGCGACUGAGCUCGAGGACCAAUCGGAGGACCAGGAGGUGCAGUCUAUCAACAAGGGGUUUACCGAGGAGGGCGCGGCCACGCCCUGCGGCACUAUGGCGAUCAGGAGCGAGUCGCAGUCGGCCGACCUCUUCCAAGAACUACAGAGAGAAGUGAUGGUGAAGCUGCAGGUUCCGAUGUCAACGGGCCGCUCCCUCCCCUCCUCCCCGCUCCCCAUGCCUCUGGCUCCGUUGGGCCCCCACCGGCAGAUCUACCUGCCUCCUCCCUCCCCCACCUCCACGUCCUCCUUCUCCUGCUGCUUCGAGGACCGGCCGGUGCUGCCUCCCCGCAGCCCCGUCCCCCCGCUGCGUCCCUCCAAGCGCAACCUCACCGCCCGUACCACCCACCCGCAGCCGCGCUCCAGCUCCAUCUCCCUGGGCGAAGGGGAAGACACGCCCCCUCAGAUCCCACCCAGAGACCACGCAUUCUCUCAGCCGGGCUCCCGCUCCUCGUCCCCCCUCCCACUGGUUCCGCCGCUGUCCUCCUACCCCAUGGCCCUGCCUCCUCCUCCCCUCUCCAUCUCCCCACGAAGGGCGUCCGGACACCUGGGUCCCCUUCUAUCCUCCAACUUGUCCUCCUCCACUGCUCAAGCCACAUCACGGCUCGCAGCUCGUGGCUCCUCCUACGCAUCAAGCUCCUUACUGGAUCCCCUCACCUUUACUGAGGGGCGUGGCCUUUCCUCACUGGUUGACAGCUCUACUCCCGCCCCGCUGCCAGAGCGACCAGCUUUUCUGGAAAGAUAUGGAACAGCCAAUAUGGCGGCUGUGAAACCCAUGAUUCAGCAUCCCGGCGGAGCCAAACCAAACUCCUCCUACAACAACAACAACGGGCGAACUGCAGCUCCCAGCAUGCAACAGGAGCAGAGCGUCGCACAGGUCCAAGGAGCAGUACACGGUGUCACGCUGGAGGAGUGUCAGGCUGCUCUGCAAAUUCACAACUGGAGCAUUAUUCAGGCCAUAAAUCAUCUGAAGGUGGAGCAGUUGUUUCGUCUGGGCCUGCGCUCGAGAGCCGAGUGCGAGGAGCUUCUGCAGCGCUGCCAGCUGAACCUGGAACAGGCCAGCACGCUCAUGCUGGACACAUACGGGCCGCAUCGAAACAGGAAGUGACAGCCGGAGGACAAACUCAUGGUAAUGAACCACUGACGAGCUCCUGAUGUAAUUCGGAUCAACACUCCAGAACUCACCGCUCCAAGCACUCGAGCCACAGCGAUGCAUUCUAAUGGACGGAGCAACAGGAAGCAGAGUAUGUGCCUCACUGUACUGUACUGUGAAUUCCUGCUCUUACCCGCGUCAUACACACGCAUGAUCAUUAUAAGCUAACAGAGCAGUUCAUUGAAUGUGUCACUGUUACUUGAACAGUUGCUAUUUAUGUUGUUGUUUUUUUAUUAUUACGUUAAUAAUGAGACGUUAUGCUUCCGCUGGUAGCUACUGCAAACCUUUACUGUGUGUGUGUGUGUGUGUGUGUGUGUGUGUGCUGUGAAUGUGUGCAUGUCCAUGUGUGUGUGUGUGUGUGUGUGUGUGUGUUUGCACGCAUUAGCUUAUAUUAAUGCUUAAACACUGUAAAUGCCCAUGCCUUUCUGCUGUUAAUAAAGGGAUAUACAAUCAGGGACAUGUCAGCAAACGAUGUAUGUUUUUAUGAAAAUGUACCUAUAAGAUGCUGUAUUGUAUAUAGCAUAAAACUGAGUGUGGAUAUUUUUGAGGACACAUUAACUGCUGGUCAGAACAAGAUUUAUCUAGUUAGCAAAGUGAACAAGAUACAAGUAUUAUUAACGUACCUUUCGUGUUGUAAACAAAGCUUUUUAGGCUUUUUCAAAAGGGGGGAAUUUGAUCUUAUUGUAAGCAAUAAGAUUCCAAAACAGAAAUGUGACGAUAUCUACAAUCUCCUCAUGAACACAGGGUGUUAGGCACCGAUAUAAACCUCCACAAGUUAGUUAUUUAAAUACCAUUUUAAAUGUAAAAUGACAGCUGCAUGAUAAUCAUAAACACAUUCAACAGUCAUCCACCUGAAUCAGUAGGCGACUGCUACGUGUUGAGUGUGUGCAUGUGUGCUUAGCGCUGCAAGUAGUGAUAAAUGUCGUCGCUGACUAAUUACAAGCGGCUAAACGGAUCGGAAUGGAUAACAGAUUGUCUAUUGUUGCAGCUACUUUGCAUGUAAGAGUGCGUCACUCUGCUGUAUGUGACGCUGAACGCAUUAUACGUUAUAGAGCAGCUUAUUAAUGAAAAAUGCAAAUAUGGCCUCCGAUGUUUUAUAAUAAAGUGAAAUUUGAGUCCCU